CAGUUGAACAAGGCCCUGGACAUGAAUCUUUUAAUUUAUGUCCUACUUUUGUCCAUUUGGACAAAUUGUUGUUCAAAUACAAAUGAAAGCAAUGAAUCUUCUACUACAGGAGCUAAGCACCAGGAACCAAAGGAGACCAAAAUGGACAACAUCAAGAAACAACUACUCAUUGCCGUAAUUGGCGUUACGAUCAUAACUUUUGCUUCUUCAUGUUUUUGUUUUCUUUAUUAUAGCUGCAUCAGCGAUGAUGCCACCAAAACAAGAACGGUCAAGAAAGAAGGCGUAACAGCCAUGUCAUCCAGGUCAUCCAAAAUAUCAUUCACUGACUCCAAGACAGUUAGUCUGUGCAAUCUAGAAAAACAAUCCACACUAGCCAGUAUAGAUAAGUUAUCUGGGUUCUCAAGUCCAGAAAAGGCAUCCACACCAUCCAGUGCAGAAAAGUUAAUCAGGCCCUCGAGUCGAGAAAAGUCACGUAAGCCAUCAAGUUCCAAAAGAGUAUUCAGACCACCGCACCAGGAAAAGUCACACAGAACACGCAGUCUAGAAAAGGCACGUAAGCGGGCUCAUGCCCAUAAGCUACUCAGUCAGGGCAGUCCAUCCUAUCCCAGUAAGGCCAUCAGGCCACCUCGGCUGGCCAGCCUCGAAUACCCGGUCAUGCCAACAAAAACUCCCUGUCCACCCUACCCACAAAAUCAAAGCUUGCCCAAGCCAUCCAGUUCACAGAAGCUGGCCAAACGCCACACACACUGCAAUCUCAAAAGGUCAGUUAGUACAGCUAAGGAAGACGUAUUACCUAGGCCUCAACCAGUCAAGUCUAGCCGACGCUACAAGGAAAAAUGCCUUGUUUGCAGAGCUGCCUCUGAGCUGUUUGCCGAAAGUAUUUCAGAGGCAAAGAAGAAAAGUGCUCAAAACCUACCUUUUCCACGUGAACUGAAGGUUUUUUCGAAGUCCUUUCAUAAGAUGAAUUCCAGAUACAGUGCAUGCUGUGGCAAUGCGAAUGACAGUGAUAUGACGACCCACUGCAGUGAUAGUGAGAGUGACAGGGAAAUAAUCUUUAUUUGUAACAUAAAACGCGAGGAAAUCAUCUAUAAAACCAUCCAAAAUAAUUAA